UCGGAGACGUCCCAGUUUGAACUUUAAAGUUUAAACUUAUGAUUUUCGGGAUGCAUUCUCUUUAAAUUUUUAAGGCUCACGUAAAAUAAAAUUCAUAAAAGUAAUUUUUGAAGUUCUGUUCCCCGAUUGGGAAGAUUUUAUGUCCAGAAUCUGACUCUUCAGGGAAAACCGAAUAUUCUAUUUUCAGAUGUUCUUUUUUUCCGGUUUUUACUUUUUCCUGGUUUUUUUCGUUCCUUUAUUUGAAUUCAAGUUUCGGUGAUUUUCCUGCUCUCCAGUAGUUUUUUUGCCGUAGAUCGUGAUAUGCAUGUGGCUUGCUUGAAAAUCUGAAGGACAUGAUAAUUCUCGCUUUGUGAUCUCUCCCACUGUAAUCGUCUGAUUCGUCUCCCAGUUAAGCAUGCCGAAGAAGAAAGCAGGACAGCGUCACACGCCGCGACCUACUGCGCGCACCACGACCAAACCCGCUCCCCCUGCUAAACGCCACACUGCGCCAGGCACAUUAGGAACUUCAUCCCCGCGUACGAGCCAGUCGGAUUCGCAGAAUAUCACGCCUGUUAACAAGAAAGAAGAGAGCCGUCGUGCUCGGCUGGAUCGCGCCUGCAAACGACGCAAUGCCAACAGCGGGGUUGAUUUGGAUGAGCAUUUCCGGAUUAUUGGCCUGCAGAUCCGGCGGAUGACUGGCGACGGGAACUGUAUGUUCCGUGCGUUUGGUGAUCAGUUGGAGGGAAACGAGAACAACCAUCGCCAUUAUCGCACGAACAUCGUGGAGCACAUUACCAAGCACAAGGAGCAGUACGACACCUUUCACGAGCUGGAAGAAGAGAAGAAUUUUGACAUCCGACUGAAAAAAUUAUCAAAGAACGGGACGUUUGGCGGACAGGAGUGUUUGGUUGCGUUCGCGCGGGCCUACAAUCGUCUGGUGUUCGUCCAUCAGCCCGAUGAAAAAAUCACACUACAGUUACCGCCCAACCACAACGUCGAUCCGGCCAAGCUGAAGCAGGUGCAUCUGCUGUACACGGGCGGCAACCACUACGACAGCAUCCGUCUGAUCAACGACGCCAGCCCCGCCGCCGGCGCCAAUGUGUAUCUAGUAAGCGAACAUGGAACUAUUCAGUGCAGUGCUGAUACACGACCUAAUAUUUCCGCAUCAGUGCCUGAAGAUCAGGGUAUCCAGGAUGCAUCUCAGGAAUUCGACGACGAUAAAAACGCCGAGGAUGACGAUGGAUCGGGGCAAAAUGCUGAUCUGCUGAAGCACGAACGGGAUUCUGGUCUCGGUUCCCUGGAAGGAUCCCGAGAACCGUCGAUUUCUAGUCGCACCGACGACGAUGCGGAUGUCGUUCUUGUGCCAACGACUGUCAACGCCAGUCCCGAAUUUACGCAGCACGAUGCUAAUGAAAAUGAUAAGGGCUUUGAAGAUCAAACUACCAUCAUACUGGAUGAAUCUCCUAUUCAUGAGGAUGAAUCCUUGGUCGAUAAAGCGGUGCCGGUGUCCGCGGUUAGCAAAAAGUCUCCGAAAUCCGAUAAUGCAAAGCCGUUGUCCAAGAAGGAACGUCGCCGCAUGCGCCGUGCCAAGACCGAAAUCCCACAGCGAGCUCCCUCGCCGACGACGCCGCCGCCCUGUCCGGUGACGGAACUGAGCUCGGCGAUGAAAACGCGCAUGGUGCUGGCUUAAAAGUGCUUCCUGAAGAGUUUUAACGCUUUACACGCAGCAAGAUGUAUAUUUUAUGUUUUUCGUGAGAGCGCCUGUGUUGAAGGUUUGAGUUUUUCUUUUGUUUUUGCAUUUCGGUGCCCUGAUGCGCUUUCACGGUUUGCGGCUUGUCGAGGAUCAUUGUUUGUGAUACUCGAGGUGUUUUUUUUAACAGUUACAUGGGAAUAGUGUCGGUACUUCUCAAUAAUCAAUACUGAAAUUUUCGGCUACGGUUUCGUGUCGUGCGUUUGCUUAAUUACAAAAACAUGUGCGGUACCUGAUGAAAAUGAAAUAAAUAAAAAUAUGCUGUGGA